AUUUCGCGAAACACUCGGAAACAUACAGGAAGGUAAUGUAAAAUCUAGAAAAUCCCGAUGGUAACAAGGUCACAGUGGAUUCGUCAACAAUCCAAAUAUAGCUUUAUUUGGCGCGAUUUCUCACUCAGGAUAGUGAAAAGCGCAGAACGAUGCCGUACAGCCCCUCACCCACAAAUUUCGGCAGGGGAUCGCCGGAGGAGGACUCAGCCGACGGGGACAGUGAAUAUGAGGACCCGAAUAUGCGGCGUGGACGACCCAGAGCGGAUAUUGUAAAUUCUUUGAUAUACAAAGGAUCAAUGUCGAACUGUAGUAUUCGUUGUGAAGUUUGCAACCGAGUGUUCCCCCGAGAGAAAUCAUUGCAGGCUCACAUGCGUACCCAUACAGGUGAGAGGCCGUACGGUUGUGACUAUCCUGGGUGUGAAAAAGCCUUUUGUCAGAGUGGUCAACUGAAGACACACCAACGUCUUCAUACUGGGGAAAAACCUUUCAUGUGUUCAGAAGCAGGUUGCACAAGCCGUUUUACACAUGCGAAUCGUCACUGCUCUGAUCACCCAUACGCUACCUUAGUCCGGGUAGGCAUUGAAGUUUCAAUCAAAGAUCUGAUCGCUCUGCGGGAACAAGAAACAAACACCGAAGUCAGAGAAUGGCUGCAGAUUCAAAUCAUGUCUCGCCAAGACCGAUCCGGGAACAGGGGUAGGAAUCGCAAACCAAUGAAAAGACUGAGUGAUGGCUCGCCUGCUGAAGAAUCUCAACCAGAACAAAAAAAAUCAGUGGACGACACCGAGCCAAAAUACACUACUCCAAUCACAAACGAAAAUAUCCAACCACUAAAUAACAACAAUAAUACCAUGUAUCAAACUCCCAUCAAAGAGGAAAUUAAGUACGAUCCAAUGUCUGUGGACCACUCGACGUAUCAUCCACCAAUUAUAGACUAUAAGAUGCCUCUGUAUUAUAAUGAAUAUGCACAAUACAACAACUAUAAUAGCAUGCAGCCCGCAAGAAACGAAUAUGAGAUGCAAUACCCAGUCCCACAUGACUAUCACAUUGAUCAUAAAGACAAUAUUCCGCAAGUGGAAUUGUACAACAAUCCCGAGCCAUACAAUCACGAGUACACCGUCACGGAACUCCAACCCGUAGCCAGCGUUAAACUGGAACCCAACAGUGAGGAGAUCGGAGAAAUGACCCUCAGCCAACAGACGGACAAGUGGAUCUCUGCCCUGGCACUUGUGGAGUUGUCACAUGCCGAUCUAUAAUUACGUCUGCUCACAAAUCCAAACAAAGUACUCAAAGACAAUUUAUAUUUUAUCUCAAGUAGAGCGAUCUUGAAAGUAAGGAUACUGAUAUUUUUCACUUUAUUUUUAUUGUUAUCAUGGCAUAUACAAAUAUUUUUAUAUUUAAUCAAUAGUCCCAUCUAACUCAUUGCGAUUUCAUUUAGAAUUAAUCCAAUUUCUAUGCAUUCCUGACUGAUCCUAUGAAUUCCAUGAUUAUUUGUUGAAUUGUUUGUUACUUAUAUCUAUGUUAGGUACUGCUUGUAGUCAGACUGAAGAGCAAGUCUCUGCCUUCCAUAAACUGAUAAAUCAAUUAGCUGGAAUGAAUAUACACUAUGCAAGACCAAUUAUGAAGAAUUCAUGUGAAGGAGAAUGUUUAAAUAGAAUUUUAUGACAAUCUCAAACUGUGAUCUUUUAAAGGUAUAGGGUCUAAGAUAUUGGUGAAAUUUUGCAUGUUCCAAAAAGGUGGCGAAAUUUAAGAUCAUAACUAGAAAAUCACACAAAGUUCUUCAGAAUGUUUACAAACACAUUGGAUAACGAUAGUAAUUACAAAAUAAUUCCCUGUUCUCAUUUGCCUAAACUGUUACCCUGUUGAUUUUGCAUCUCUUAUGUUUGUGUGUAGCCACCAAUCAGUGGGGUACAGGUUUCAUAUAUUGUCAUCCAGACAAAAAUUUUAUAUAGGGCUAAAACGUCAAAAUGACUUCAAUUUCAAAGCACUGCAGCUAUAGAUAACUCAUAAUUAAUACUACAAAUUUGUUUUUUGGAGUUCUUGCAAAAUUUUGUGAUGUCAUUUUUGAGAUAAAAGAUAGACCCUAUGCCUUUAAGGGGAAAUUGUAAAUGAAUGUAAAAUGUGGAAUUAAUGCAUUUUAUUUCAAUCUUUUGUUCUUGUAAACAAAAUAAGUUUAUCAGAAUUUUUCUGUACGAAAUUUUUUUUUGGGGGGGGGGGGUUGCAAUUUUUAGAUUUGUUAUACAAUUCUUUAAACAAACUUUGAUGAAGAUAUUCAUAUUAUUAAUUUUAUUUCACUGCAGAGAGAAUUAAGCAAUGUUUUUGGGGUGGGGGGUGGGGUGGGGUUUAAUUAAGCAAUGUUGACUGAUAAUAAAAACUUUGCUGGCUUUGACAUAAAUGUAGAUGUUUCAACACUAACAUAUAGCAAAUAAAAUUAGUAUUGUCAGCUAUUCUAUGCAAUUAGCUGUGUGCCUUCAGUGUAGUAUUGUAUAAUCUGCAUGGUAAAUACGUAUAUGCAUACAAUCAAAUGUAUAACCAAUGCGGGCAAUUUUUGUCCAAACAGUAUAUACCAGAAAUCCGAACCAUUCUUUUGCAUUUAUUAUACUUUUAAUAUUAGAGUUUUGUUAUAUGUGUGCGAUUGUUAUAUUCAUCUGUCAUUAUGCUAAGAGAACAAAGAAUUUUAACUGCCGUCCAAUUUCAUCAUUCAGUCAUCUUGUCAUAUGCCAUGGGAACAAAUGAGCGUUGAUUCAAGUGAACUUUAUAUAUGUGACAUAUUUGCCAUCAGAAUUACAAAAACAGCUGAGAAUUUGUUUGCAAGAUAUAAUUAUGAUGAAAUGUACAAGCGCUAUUUGACAGUGACAGCUGUUACAAUACACCCCCCCUUUUUUUGAGCUACAGUAGUAGUGUCAGUUACUGGUGAUAAUUAGUGACUACUUAACGACACGUGUAACAAAGACAGGUACCAAAAUAUUUUUCCGAUCAUUGUAUAGUGUAUUGCUGAUAAAUGUAAAUAAUAUAUUACUGCUUCACUAACCAAUGAUUAAAAGUGUGAGUGUGUGCAAUUUCUUUAAUAUUUGUUUUAUAUUUUCGUAGUUUUCUUGAAAGCUUCAGAUUUUUAAGGGGUCUGUAUGAUAAAUGUCUACUAUCAACAACAGAAUUCAAUCCAAAUGCAUUUUUAUAUUUCUACUUUUGAAAGCAGAACUUCGAUACUUGGAUAUGAAAAUUUAUUAUUAACUUUUAAGAAUUUUCCUUGUUGAUUUUUUGAAAGAGUUUAUAUUUUCAGCAAAAGGAUCAAACUGUAUGUGUGUUCCCACUAAUUAUGUUUAAAGAGUUUAUGAAAAACAUGUAUAGAUGUUAAAUGGCCAAUUGUAUAUUUGAUUUUUGUUUGUCAUUAAACAUAUCUAGAGGUGAUGCGAUAAUUUUACUCGCUGUUACAGUUUUUCUGUUUCCAUACCCGUUUCUUAACAAUUAUUUGGUAGCUCCCAGGAUUGUUAACAUUGAAAUGAAAUCCUUUGAAGUCUCCUCUACAUAUACAUGCAUUUGUCAUCUUAUUUCACUUUGUUAAAAACAGGGUUUUACUGAAGAAGUUGAGAUUUUUUGAAAGUUUGUUUUGUGUGAUGGUAGUUGUUGAAGUCUGUGAUAAAUAAAUUUAAUGGAAUAUUGUUAUAUUUGAGAAUGCAUUUUAAAAGUGGUUGUGUUCAAGAUUCUUCCCUCCAGAAUACCUGUACAUUCCAAAGAUUAAAGAAUUUUUUAAGUUACUUGGUAAUUUAAGUCAGAAUUUAGCCUGAACUUUUCAAUAAAAAUGUUUUCAUUUUCAAAAGGUCUGAAUCAGUGAUACUUUCAAUAACAUUUGAUUUGCACCCAGUAGAUUUGUAAAAUAAGUGUUUAUCAUGAUUUGAGGUUCACAAAAAGUUGAAGCUAAAUUCAUGAAAGCAAUUGCAAUGCUGCUGUACUUUUCCAAAAAAAAGGGGGGAAACAUUUUUGUAAAAAUUAUCAGGCAAUUUGUUAUGGGACCCAUUAUGAUGUGUAUUUCAUAUUGCAACACUUGUCUUAGUUAUAAACCUUAUGAUAUUUUGAACUGUUUCUAUUGAUCUGAAUUUUUCUUUUUGCCCUCAUUCUGAAAUUCGUUCAUUUUAUAAAUCUUGCAAUAUUUCAUUCCGACCAUAUAAUUGUGUAUUGUGUACAUACAUACAUACAAUGUAUGCAUCAUUAAGCAAAGCAAUACACUGUAAUUUUCCUUAGUUCUUGUGUUCAAUGCAAUGGUUUAAUACAAUUCUCACACAAAUGGAUAAUUACUUAUGUUUCCAUACCAAAUUUAUGCAAAACAUUUUCACAACUUGGUAUGUACAUUUUUGAAUUUUUGGUGGUGUGGUUUAUUUACCAUAACAGAUAGAUAUAGACUUGACAAAUUGUCUCGAUAUCACAUUGUUUGAAACAACAAUACUUUUGGAAUUUUCCCCCAAAUUUUAUGACGAGACCUUUGUUUUAUGCAUCAAUAUUAAACCAAAUGCAGAGCACAAAUCCCUCUUCUAUAUUUGUGUGUUAUUAUAUCACCUUGUAGUUUGUUACUGACAUAGAUAAGGUUUGCAGGUUUUCUGUCCUUUUUUUUUGUGGUGUUGAUUAUUAAUUAAUCAUAGUGCUGUUUAUUCCACAAAUUUCCUUUUCAAUUCAUAAUCCAUAACAACAAUCCUGACUUUUGAUAACUUUUUAUUUCAUGAAUUUUAUACAGACUUUAAAAAAUAAAUUAUUUAAACCUGA